AUGGCGCCUACUGUUCUUGUAACUGGAGCCACUGGCUAUCAAGGAUUCGGGACCGCUCGACACCUCCUGGCCGCCGGGAUACAAGUUAACGCCCUCGUCCGCGAUCCAUCUAAACCGAAAGCAUUAGAACUAGAGCAACUAGGAGCCAAGCUAUGCGUCGGCACCUUCGAUGAUCCCGAUUCCUUAAGAGCAGCAGUCCAAGGAACCUUAGCAGUCUUCCUCAACGUGAUGCCAACCUUUCCCGAUUUCAGCUCGGAACUCCAGCACGCCAAAAACGUGGUCAAUGCUGCCAAAGAAGCCGGCACGGUGACUUCUAUCAUUUAUUCCAGUGUGACCAUGACCGGCAAGCACGAGACAUUUCCCGGAUGGGGCGCAGAUUAUCCAAUGGCUUGGUACUGGACUUCAAAGGCAGCUAUUGAGUCCCUCGUGCGAGCCUCGGGUUUCAGAUACUGGACGAUUCUGCGCCCGGCUUUCUUGAUGUAUAAUUACCUUUCCCCGACCGCGGAUCAUAUGUUUCCGAGUUUGCCCAGUGAGCAUGUCUUUCGCACGGCAUAUAAGCCAGAUAGCCCCAUGACUAUCCUGGAUCCUGAUGAUGUGGGGAAGUUUGCGACGGCGGCUAUUCUGGAUCCCGAGAUGUAUAAUCAGCAUGAAAUCGACCUUGGUGCUCAGGCGUUGACUCCGGAUGAAAUUGCCAGGGCUUUGAGUCAGGCCAGCGGUAAGGAUAUCAAAGUCGAGUUCUACACGGCCGAUAAGGCUGCAUCGCUUUCCAGUGUGAACCCUAGGAUUACUGCUCAACUGUGGUCAAACGACGUUGGGUAUCAGGUGGAUAUGGAGGCUCUGAAAAAGUAUCCUAUUAAGCUUACUACCUUUUCUGAGUACCUUCACCGGGAGAAGUGCGCUGUGCAGAAGACAUUUGGAUAA